GGAAGUUGUGGAAGAAAGUAGUCCGUUCUCGGCGUUUCUGCGGAGGGAUCCGCCCGGGGCGGCGGUCGCCGAUGACCUAUAUAAGGAAGCGCCGGGUGUGGCGCAGCAAGUUCCGCCGAGGCCGGGAUCGCAGUCGCUGUUCUGCCGUGUGAGCUGCUGCCGUCGCCCCUUGACAAUGCAGAUCUUUGUGAAGACCUUGACCGGCAAGACCAUCACCCUCGAGGUCGAGCCCAGCGACACCAUCGAGAAUGUCAAGGCGAAGAUCCAAGACAAGGAGGGCAUCCCUCCUGACCAGCAGAGGCUGAUCUUUGCUGGGAAACAGCUGGAAGAUGGACGCACCCUGUCCGACUACAACAUCCAGAAAGAGUCCACCCUGCACCUGGUGCUCCGUCUCAGAGGUGGGAUGCAGAUCUUCGUGAAGACCCUGACCGGCAAGACCAUCACCCUCGAGGUCGAGCCCAGCGACACCAUCGAGAACGUCAAGGCGAAGAUCCAAGACAAGGAGGGCAUCCCCCCUGACCAGCAGAGGCUGAUCUUUGCCGGGAAACAGCUGGAAGAUGGGCGCACCCUGUCCGACUACAACAUCCAGAAAGAGUCCACCCUGCACCUGGUGCUCCGUCUCAGAGGUGGGAUGCAGAUCUUCGUGAAGACCCUGACCGGCAAGACCAUCACUCUCGAGGUCGAGCCCAGCGACACCAUCGAGAACGUCAAGGCAAAGAUCCAAGACAAGGAGGGCAUCCCCCCUGACCAGCAGAGGCUGAUCUUUGCUGGGAAACAGCUGGAAGAUGGACGCACCCUGUCCGACUACAACAUCCAGAAAGAGUCCACCCUGCACCUGGUGCUCCGUCUCAGAGGUGGGAUGCAGAUCUUCGUGAAGACCCUGACCGGCAAGACCAUCACUCUCGAGGUCGAGCCCAGCGACACCAUCGAGAACGUCAAGGCAAAGAUCCAAGACAAGGAGGGCAUCCCCCCUGACCAGCAGAGGCUGAUCUUUGCUGGGAAACAGCUGGAAGAUGGACGCACCCUGUCCGACUACAACAUCCAGAAAGAGUCCACCCUGCACCUGGUGCUCCGUCUCAGAGGUGGGAUGCAGAUCUUCGUGAAGACCCUGACCGGCAAGACCAUCACCCUUGAGGUCGAGCCCAGCGACACCAUCGAGAACGUCAAGGCGAAGAUCCAAGACAAGGAGGGCAUCCCCCCUGACCAGCAGAGGCUGAUCUUUGCCGGGAAACAGCUGGAAGAUGGACGCACCCUGUCUGACUACAACAUCCAGAAAGAGUCCACCCUGCACUUGGUCCUGCGCUUGAGGGGAGGUGUCUAAGUUUAAGCUUUCAACAAAUUUCAUUGCACUUUUCUUUCAAUAAAGUUGUUGCAUUCCCAA